CCUUCAUACCUAAUUUUGUGAUAGCCCAAUCAAACAACCUACUUGCACCCAGUCAUCAAGACUAACCUUACUACUUUCACAUAUCUCUACACACAAUAACCGCCCACAAACCACCAACAUGUCCAGCGCCAACUUUUCCAACGAGGCCCCUUCCGGCCAAGUCAACGACCCCUCCUACAAGACCAAGGGCACAGAAGCCGUUCCCGUCAUUGACGACAACGCGCCUGUCGAAGAUGGGCUUCUUCCAGAGGAGGCGGACAGCGAUCGUCAAUUGGCCAAGGACGACACUGAAGCCAUCGACGAGUCCAACAUUAUCGAGGAAAAGACGAGACACGCCAAGCCCAAGGGAACGUACCGGGAGCCAAGCGAUGAGGAGCUGGGGUUGAAUGAGUAG